CCCUGGCCCACAGCUCGCCAGGAUGUCGGCGAAGGAGGGCGCACAGCGCAAGUGGACGGUGCUGAAGGAGAAGCUGGGGCCCCAGGACGCAGACCCCGCGGAGGCCAACCUGGAGAACGCCGACCCGGAGCUGUGUGCGCGCCUGCUCCAGGUGCCCUCGGUGGUCAACUACUCGGGCCUGCGCAAGCGUCUGGAGAGCAGCGACGGCGCCUGGAUGGUGCAGUUCCUGGAGCAGAGUGGCCUGGACCUGCUGCUGGAGGCCCUGGCGCGCCUGUCGGGCCGCGGCGUGGCGCGCAUCGCCGACGCCCUGCUGCAGCUCACCUGCGUCAGCUGCGUGCGCGCCGUCCUGAACUCGCAUCCCGGCCUCGAGUAUAUCCUCAGCAACCAGGGCUAUGUGCGCCAGCUCUCCCAGGCGCUGGACACAUCCAACGUGAUGGUCAAGAAGCAGGUGUUCGAGCUGCUGGCUGCCCUGUGCAUCCACUCUCCCGCGGGCCAUGCACUAACCCUCGACGCCCUGGAGCACUACAAGGCGGAGCACAGCCAGCAGUACCGCUUCAGCACCAUCAUGACGGAGCUCUCCAACAGCGACAACGUGCCCUACACCGUCACCCUGCUCAGCGUGGUCAACGCCAUCAUCCUGGGGCCCGAGGACCUCCGCACCCGUGCGCAGCUGCGUGGCGAAUUCAUCGGGCUGCAGCUGCUGGAUGUGCUGAGCCGGCUGCGGUGA